GUCCAAAAGUUAAAAACACACAAAACCCCUUCUAAACCCUAAACCUAACUCUUCUCCUUUCUUCCUCCACCGAAACCAGUUUCAGCAUCACAAUCAUCACUUCAACAACCAUGAAACCAGCUAGGGUUUCAGGUGCGCACAAAAUGACGCCACAUCUCCCCAACGAUCCUGACUUCGAGCCGUUACGAGAGCUCUUCAGCCACCAUAUUCACUCAUUCGAUCACUUUAUCGAAUUCGGUUUAGAGAAAGCUCUCAUGAGCAUCAAGCCUGUUGAGGUCGUUGAUCCUACAACCGAUUUGAAGCUAAGAAUCUGGUUUGAGAAACCUGAGCUGUAUCAUCCGCAAAAGGAACGGAGUUCGAAGCAGUUUCGUGAAGCUUUAUAUCCAUUUGAGUGUAGACAAGCGAAAAUUUCGUACACUGGUAAGUUUAUGGUGGAUGUUUGUUUUAAAUAUGGCGAUGGUCCUGAUGGAGCUGUUAUUAGAGAGAAAUUCAGUUUUGGGCAGUUGCCGAUUAUGUUGAAGUCAAAACUUUGUCACCUUAGAGAUGCUGAUCAUCAUAAACUGGUGUCCUAUAAAGAAGAAGCAUCAGAAAUGGGCGGGUACUUUAUAUUAAAUGGGCUUGAGAGGGUUGUCAGAUUAUUAGUUGUGCCGAAGAGAAACUACCCAACUAGUAUGGCCAGAAGUGCAUAUCGCAAUCGAAGAGAAGGGUUCACUGAUAAAGCUGUCAUUAUAAGAUGCGUUAGAGAAGAUCAAUCAGCUGUAACCCUCAAUCUAUAUUAUCUUAGCAAUGGGAGUGCAAGGGUUGGAUUUCGUAUACGAGGGAGGGAGAACUUGCUACCCAUAGGUCUUGUUUUGAAGGCCCUUAUUGAUACUACUGAUCAUGAGAUUUUCCUGAGUUUGACGUCUGUGUACCAUGCUAAAUAUGAGAAGGCAAAAGGUUGCGUUGGCACUCAGAUUUUGAGUGAAAGAGCAAUGAUUAUUCUCAAUGAAGUUAAAGAUCUGUCUUUAUAUACCCGCAUCCAGUGUCUGGAGUACAUCGGGGAGUACUUUAAACCUUUUAUGGACGGAAUGGAACACGAUAGUUACCCUGCUGUUGCUGACGCUGUUAUGAGAGAUUUCGUAUUAGUCCAUCUUGAGAGCAAUCAUGAUAAAUUUAAUCUGUUAAUUUUUAUGGUGCAGAAACUUUUCUCGUUUAUUGAUCAAACCUCUAUACCGGACAACCCUGAUUCGUUGCAAACUCAGGAAGUUCUGCUGCCCGGUCACUUGGUUACAAUAUAUAUUAAGGAAAGGUUACAGGAAUGGCUACUAAAAGCUAAACGACUACUUCAAGAUGAAGCUAAUAACAGAAAGAAAAACUUUGACUUUGGCAGCUUAGCUGACAUAAAGCAUGCAUUGGAUAAAAAUCCUUCAAAACAAGUUGGUCAAGCUGUUGAAAAUAUGUUAAAAACUGGAAGAUUAGUUUCAUCGUUGACUCUUGAUCUGAAAGAGAAAGCUGGUAUGACCGUGCAAGCAGAAAGGCUUAAUUAUCUUCGUUUUCUGUCACAUUUUAGAGCUGUUCAUCGAGGUUCAUCACUUGCAGGACUUCGCACUACAAGUGUGCGUAAGUUGUUGCCAGAGUCAUGGGGUUUUGUAUGCCCUGUUCACACACCUGAUGGUACUCCAUGUGGACUGCUUAACCAUUUGACUGCCUCAUGUCGUAUCACUUCCUUUUAUGAUUCACAAGGAAAAAUUAGAGAUUUUACAAAAUUACAAAAAUCUAUUCUGAGUGUUUUGGUCGCUGCGGGUAUGACCCCUUCAAUUCCAAAGCUUGUCAAAGCUGGUCCUCCGGAAGUUCUUCACGUUUUACUUGAUGGCCGUGUUAUUGGUACUAUACCAACUGAUAGAAUCGAGAAAACCGUCAACCACUUACGGAGUUUGAAACUAUCAGCUGCAUCAAUGAUCCCCGAAGAUUUGGAAGUGGGAUAUGUACCUAUUAGCAUGGGGGGAGCGUUUCCGGGUCUGUACCUUUUUACAAACCCGUCAAGAUUUGUCCGGCCCGUUAGACAGAAGUUUCCACCUCCUGGAGAGAACAACAAUAUUGAACUGAUCGGACCGUUUGAACAGGUUUAUAUGGAAAUAGAGUGCCCUGAUGGAGGAAACGGUGGAAGAUUAAAUGAGUUUCCCGCAACUCAUGAAGAAAUUCAUCCAACGGGAAUCCUUAGUGUUGUCGGCAAUCUUACUCCUUGGUCUGAUCAUAAUCAAAGCCCUAGAAAUAUGUACCAGUGUCAGAUGGCAAAACAGACAAUGGGUUUCUCUUCACAAGGAAUCAAUUGUCGUGCAGAUCAAAAGGUGUAUCACCUUCAGACCCCUCAAACCCCAAUUGUGCGCACUGCUACUUAUGAAAAAUAUCUGAUUGAUGAAUCGCCAUUAGGGACAAAUGCAAUUGUGGCCGUGCUGGCUUAUUCAGGAUACGAUAUGGAAGAUGCCAUGGUUUUAAAUAAGUCAUCUGUUGACCGUGGGUUUGCUCAUGGUCACAUUUACCAGACUGAAUCUAUUGAUUUGGCUGAUGAAAAGGCUAAAUCCGAUCGUGCCAAUAGAAUAUUUAGAAGAAGCAAUCAAGAUAAGGUUUCACAUUCGUUUAUCGAUCAAGACGGUCUCCCAUAUGUUGGGCAGAGGAUUAAACCAGGAGAACCAUAUUUUAGCACAUAUAAUGAAGUAUCAGGCGCUUCAUUUAAUCAAAAGUUGAAAGGUUCAGAACCUGUUACAGUUGAUUACGUUGCAGUUGAUGUGAAAACCAAAAAGCAGAUAACAAAGGCAAACAUACGUUUACGCCGUGGCAGAAAUCCCAUAAUUGGUGAUAAAUUUAGCAGUAGACACGGGCAAAAAGGUGUAUGUUCUCAACUAUGGCCCGACGUGGAUAUGCCGUUUUCUGGAGUUACCGGAAUGCGACCCGAUCUUAUUAUCAAUCCUCACGCAUUUCCUUCUAGAAUGACUAUUGCAAUGCUUCUAGAAUCUAUUGCUGCAAAGGGAGGCUCGUUACAUGGGAAAUUUGUGGACGCAACACCUUUCUCAAGCUCGGUUAAUAAGUCCGAUGAAAGUGAGGGGGACCCACUUGUGAAUGAACUUUUUUCCAUGUUAACUGCUCGCGGAUUUAACUAUUCUGGUACUGAAGUCUUGUACAGUGGUGUUUAUGGGAAAGAGUUAAAAUGUGAGAUUUUUAUUGGUCCGGUUUAUUAUCAAAGACUAAGGCAUAUGGUUUCCGAUAAGUUCCAGGUUAGAUCAACUGGAACGGUGGAUCAAGUGACACGUCAGCCUAUAAAAGGAAGAAAGAAAGGAGGUGGUAUUCGGUUUGGUGAGAUGGAACGCGACUCGCUUCUUGCACAUGGGGCAGCGUAUUUGUUACACGAUAGGCUUCACUCAAGUUCAGAUCAUCACAUUGCUGACGUGUGUUCGAUAUGUGGAAGCAUUCUGACCACGACACUGAUUCAACACCAGAAGAAAGCAUUGAGGGAGAUUGCUGGGCUGCCACCUGGCAGAGUCCCGAAAAAGGUCAAGUGUGUUGCUUGCCAGACAAGUAAAGGUAUGGAAACAGUUCCAAUGCCUUACGUUUUUAGGUAUUUGGCUGCUGAGCUGGCGGCUAUGAACAUACGAGUCAGACUCGAACUAGGGAAUAGCAAUGGAGGUGGUGCUGCUUUGAAACAGUAAUAUAUUUAUGGGAGGGAGAGGGUUUUGUUUAAACAUACAAUUUUGCUACUUGUGAGAGUCAAAGAGAUGUAUUGUGUUUUUGAUGUUGAAUCUAGGCUAAUUUUGUUGAACCAGAAUGUUUAUACUUUGUAGUGUUGUCAAUUAUAUGAUCGAUAUUCUUCUCUCUC